ACGCAGCGGGGCUGUGGAGGAGAGGAUGUGCCACAGACUAGCCAGGCGCCUCCAAACGCCCUUAAAAAACAGUGUAUUUGCUCAGUUUUUUAUCGAUAGAGCUGCUUUCCCUAUUUUAAUACGGAAAUCAUCGUGUUUGUCCCCUUAUCAUACUCCGCAAACCCAUUCAAACUAAUUUCAUACGUCUUUAGUCAACUUUUCUGCUCUUUUUUUCAGAUUUAGCAGCUGAUUGCUGCGUCUAGGUAAGGACAAGUUCAGUCUUGUCUAAAUGAGCGCAUUAACGGGGUGAUCGGGGAUCAAACGCACAGCUAUUAUCCGGACAACCAUUAACAAGUGUGCACCACAUCAAAGACACGCGUUAGUAAGGACUGACAUCAUCUAGUAAGAAGUGAUCCGAGGGUGGGGCUCAGGGUUCGACCCCAGUCCGUGGAGGUAUAAAGCCAUCCAGAGUCCUCUGGUUUUUCAGAGUCCUGACGACCUGGGGUGCAGAUAUAGUUUGUGUUUGGGCUCUGAAAUAUAAUGGCGUACGGGUCCGACAUGAUUGGUAGUAACGUUUCUGAGAUGCUCGCGUUUUACUCCGGACAGCACUGGCCUUCUGCACCAACCCCGGAGAUGAGAAGCGAUUAUGGCUACGCGCAGGAAUCUCUAAUCGUGAACCGUGAUGCAGGCUUCAGAAUCCGGUCAGGGACCCAACGGCGCCGGAAGCGCACCACCUUCACUAAGGUGCAGCUGAGCCAUUUGGAGAGGGCCUUCUCCAUCACACCGUACCCAAACAUAAAAAUGAAAGAGUCCCUCGCCACAACUACUGGGUUACCGGAGUCAAAAAUUCAGGUCUGGUUUCAAAAUCGACGGGCCCGCUACUUCAAGAGCAAAAAGCCAACAGUAAGGGCCUCCGACCCCCAAACGGAUUUGAUCCAACCCCAGGUCACAUACGCAGCCCCACCAAGCCCAUUUCCUUACCUAACUCCUUCAUUCCCAUCCACUCCCAGUCUGCCCUCCCCACCAGGCUACCCCGUUCCCAGUCUACCUCAGUCCAGUAGGCUCUCCACAAUCCUGGACCACCAGGCCAGCUCACAACCCAAACCGACGACCCCUGACCUCUCGGCAUCCUGCCCCCUGGACGGACUGUCUCAGGACUAUCGCUUCACUCAUUUGGACUUCUGUGAUUACUUCCAAAACCUGUUACCACACCAGGAACUUGAGGACUGGGACUUUGCGGAGUUGGAGUCUUUACUGGAGGGGGCACAGGGUUCCCAGCCUGAGGGCAGCAGAUGUCCUGCAGGGCAUUGUGAGCCCAGCAAGAACCUCCAGAGCCAGCUGGAACCACAGGGUUUAGACAGCAGUGAUCACAGCUUCACAGACUUGUCUGAUAUGAGUUUCCAGGACCUUGUGUCUGACAUCAGUCUGUCAGAUAUGGACAUUUCUGCUGCAUGGAUUGAUUACCUUUUGGACUGAGAUGACAAAGAAGUGAGUCAUUCUCUAAACUGUUACAUAUCAUUUAUGCUGAAAGUCCCUGGAAGAAAGGUUAUAUAAAAUUAAAUAUUUAAAACUGGUAAUGUGUGAGAAUCAUAUUUGAUAUGUACUGAUAUGAGGCCUUUUGCAUCAUUCGACGGUAAAACCUUGCUGAAAAACAUGUGGUACACAUUCAGAAGUACCUGAUGGGCAGACUAUACGAUUAU